UCCCCCCCCCCCCCCCCCCCCCCCGGCAGAUCUACUACGCGGGCCGCUGCCCCACCCCACCCGACCGACGCCGGUCCGCCCUAGCCACGGUGAGGUCCUCGCCCGCCCCAUCCUCGCGCGCCGUCGCCGCGGAAUUCGGCCUGGCACUGGGUCGGCGACCAGGCCCGGCUGUCCCUAAUCGAGCUUCAGUCUAAUGGAUUCUGACGACAAGAAGUUUGGCAAAGGACCUAAGGAGCUCACUGGUGCUGUUGAUUUAAUAAGUCAGUACAAAUUGCAGCCGCACCAUGAUUUCUUCUGCAAGAGGCCUUUGCCACUUGCAAUCUCAGAUACACAUUACCUUCACAAUGUUGUGGGGGACACUGAAAUUCGGAAAGGAGAAGGAAUGGAGCUAGAUCAACUCGUUCAGAAUGCAUACUUAAGGGAUAAGCCUCCUUUUAUUAAGACCUUUGAUAUGGAAACUCUGGGGCAAGCAUUUCAGCUUCGUGAAACUGCUCCAGUAGAUUUACCCUCUGCUGAAAAAGGUGUACCUACUAUUUCGGGCAAACCGAAAAGUGAGUCCAAGGACAAAGAGAAAAAACAUAAAAAACACAAAGACAAAGAUAAAGACAGGGAGCAUAAGAAGCACAAACAUCGAUAUAAGGAUCGGUCUAAAGACAAAGACAAGGACAAGGAUAAGAAAAAGGAUAAGCAUCAUGAGAAGAAAAGGAAGCAUGAGGGGACGGAGGAUUCGGCAGAUGUGCAUAAGCACAAAAAAAGCAAGGUGAUAUACAUUCAUCAUUUGCUUCCUGGUAUAACAAUUUUUCUUGCAGCACAUUUUGUUUGUCUGUUAACAUGACUUAUCUAUGGCAGCAUAAGAGUUCCAAAACCGAUGAGAUGGGUAAUGGACUUAGUUAGCUACACUUUUCUUCUUACUUCUAUUGUCAAUCAAUGUCAUAUUCUGUUAAAAGGAGGCUCAAAAGGUUUCUGUCACCAGACCUGCUGCAGAUCAAUUGGUACGUGCUUCUUGAAUUUUUAUUUGCUGCCGGGUUGACGCAGAAGUUGAUUGUUUUGUACUGCUUUUCUUAAUUCUCUGUCUUCCAGUGAAACAUGAAUUAAAAUGUUUAAGAUUUAAGCUGCAUCAUGAGCUUGUGUUUUUAAGUCAACAUAAGAGUUUUAUUUUAUUGUUUGGAGCCUAAAUGAUGACUAUUUUAACCUUUAGCGAAUUAUUUAUUAGUCAUUCAAGAGAAUAAGAUCUGCCUUUUGCAUGACUUUGCAAAUAUUAGUCUCAUUUGAUUUUAUCUGCAUCUGUACAAUAUGUGUGAUGUUAGGCACGAUUACCCUGACAUUACUUUAUGUCGACCGUCAGUUUUGGACCUGGGCCAAGUUCAUUUCUUCAGUCUCACUUGACUUGAGAAGUUCAGUCAGAUACUUCCUUUGAUUAGCAUCUCUAGUGGUAUUAAUAUAUCAGUCAUAGUGGGACUGCUGAUUUUCUUUAAUAUAUGGCAUGAUCUGGUUAGGUCUGAGUUGCAUCAUAAAUUCAUAAUGUAGUCACUACUCUUAUACUGUUUUCAGUUUACGUUGCACUUUGACCAUAACAUAUGGUGAUUAAUUGGGACACAAUGAACUACUCCCCUAAAUAUUUGUCUUUCUAGAGAUAUCAACAAGUGAUUACAUACGGAGCAAAAUGAGUGAAUCUACACUCUAAAAUAUGUCUAUAUACAUCCGUAUGUGGUAGUCCAUUUGAAAUCUCUAAAAAGACAAAUAUUUUGGAACGGAGGGAGUAUUAAAAAAAGAUCACUCGCAGUUUACUCAGUGAUGUUUCUUUCGAAAUCAUCACAUGCCAUUUGUAACUGUUUAAUGAUCUGCACCUUGUAUAACCUUGGAAAUUAUUAUACAUUCAAAUAAGAUAUGAAAAACACUGCUAUACGAACACCAAUGGGGAACAACAUUGGCAAACAAUAGGCUUUUGUUUGCAUCUGUGAUCAUGCAGACUCUAACUCUUACUUUUAU